GGGGAUGUCUGAGGAGGCUGUUCGUCAGACACGCAGCCAGAAGAGGGCGCUGGGGAGGGAAAUCCCACCCCCUGAUUCUGAAGCCCCUCCCACUGAGUCUGACAGCAAAAAGCUCAAACUAGACGGGGCCGAGACUGGAGCUCCGGACCAGGAUCAUGAGAGCCCAAAUAAACCACAACCCGAAACCACAAAGGAUGACAAGGACCUGGUUAAACCUCUGGUUAAGCCUGUGGUUCAGCCUGAGAAGGUAACGGAACCAGAACUACCCCGGUUCACAUUACCGUUAGUGUUACCAUCACAACCAGCAAAUGAGCAAGAGCAGGACCCGGCCCUGAAACAAUCAGAACAGAGCUUAGAGAACCGGACUGAGCGGAAUGACCGCAGCGACCAGGUAAGGGUGAAGAGUGAGAUGCAUCUAGAUGGGCAGAACCGGACUGUGCGGUCAGAGCCGAAGGUGGCCAGCAGUAUGAUGACGUCAACGGAGGUGAAGGCUACCAUUAAAGUGGAGGUCCAGACAGGAGAGCAGGCUCUGGACAUGAGCACCUCUAGAGGGUGAGAACAAACUGUUUUUAUUCUCUUAAAAACUGAUGCGAGAUCAGCUCCUUUUACUCUAGUACUAGUAGUAGCAUUUACUCUAUGCCAUUUAAAACUGACUUCCCCAAUAAACAAAAGUUUUAGAAUUCGUGGGGAAGGGGAGGGGGGCGGUGCAGUCUCCAAAAUAAAUAUGUCCUUCAAAAUUUCCCGUCUGACCCUCCCUCCUUUUUCCCCUCUCACUACCUGAACCCUAAAGGGCUCCACGGAUCCGGAGCCGACUGAGCUUUGUUUGCGUAGCUCUCUAUGUACUUUUGUGCGGCUGAAUUUUUGGAACGUGAGAAACUGUGAAAUCACUGUGGAGAGCCUUUAAAACUCCCCUCCACGAAAUGAAGCCUGUGUGUCAUAAACCGGUUCCAACUGGCUGUUGCCAUGGUUUCCACUGUGGAAGGAACAGCGAGGGGAGGGGGGCAGAGUGAGAGCCAGGGUCACGUGAUGAUGCCUGAGUGGAAGGUCAUGUGACCUGCUUUGGAAGAGUGAUUAAUCCACAGGAAGUGGUGAUGGUGCUGUUAAACCCUGGGAAGGAGACACACUCAAGGUGCUAAGGAGGAGGAGGCUGGUUGUCCCUCCUUACUCAUUAAACAUUCUUUUAAUGCCCACUUUUGAGAAUUUACAAUUUGUCUCAUUAGAAUUUGUAAUUUACUCUACGUCACACUUUAAACUGGGUAAUUCAUAUCCAUACAAGUUUACAGCAAUAAAAUACAUUUCAUUGAUGCUAUUCAAACUCAAACAGCCACUGGCCCACCCACGUCUAACAUACAACAGAUAUAAAUGGUAGCCUUCCAAUAGAGACACGGCUUGUCUAGGUGUGAGGUGUUUAUAACGCAGUUCCCUCCUACUCCUUAUCAUGUUAACACAGCUUUAUGUUUCCUGGUAAGAAGAAGAGGGUGAGGGGGAAGGGGGCCAUUUCUGCGGACGGUUAUCUGAUAGUAGAGACUGUAGAUGACAGAGAACUGAUCCAAACAGUUCCCUCUUGAAUAUCUUCCCCUGUUCCCUCGGUCCCAAAAGAUCCCUGUUCUUUAACGGAUCAAAUCAAAUGUAUUUAGAAAGUCCUUUUUACAUCAGCAGAAACCUAAAGCCUAAAACCCCAAACUGCAAGCAAUGCAGAUGUAACACUCUUUAAUGACUUGAUAAUGUGCUGUACAUAUCAUAUCCAUGAGUAGGCCUACAUUAUUAGUUAAUCUGUGGCAUGCAAAGAGGCUAGCAAGGUGCCACCUAUAUCUCUCUUAUUCUAGAGGUGCCACUUUGUGAGAAGUAAAACUACAGAAGAUAUUAUGAAUGACUUGUUAGCCACCUUGUGGACAACAUGGGUUACUACACUUCUCUCUACACCUUUUCAGAUUCAAUGUAAACCACUUUCUUCUUCUUUUCCUUCUUCCGUCUUCUUCGAUUAGCUCCAUAAAGAGCGAGAAGCGUCCCCCGUCCCUAGAUGAUGAUGAUGAUGAUGAUGAUGAUGAUGAUGUAAUCAUCCUGUCGGAUAACGACUCCUGCAGUCCGCCGAUGAACGGCUUGAACCACUUCAAUGAGCUGGACACAGACCUACUCAUGGUUAGUGAAAGAGCUAUACCAUACUUUCUCUGACCCUCCCAUGAUGUUCCUCAUACCAGUCUCUUUCUAUGGUCUUCUGAUCCUAGAUCAGCACUCCUACGCUUUGUGGAUUGAAGCUCUGAUCUCUUUAUGCUGCACUGGUCUUUCUCUUUGGUCUAACUGGUCUUUAUCUGUUGUCUGUGUAGAAGAGCAGGCCAGAGGAGAGGGAUCGCAUCAUCAAACAGUUGAAGGAGGAGCUGAGACUGGAGGAGGCCAAGCUGGUGCUGCUGAAGAAACUACGCCAGAGCCAGAUACAGAAGGAUGCGUUGCAGAAGGUAUGGACACAUGUAGCCAAGGUGAGCUGGACUCACUCUGUCGCGAUGAGGUAGCCCUGGCUGCCACUUAAAAUCAGUGUCCCCCUCGCCCAGGAGGGAAUUUGGUUUCCCAGAGCGGAAGACUGGAGUUCAGAUCCCAGUCUCUCACAGACACAGACACUGAUACAGACACUGAUACAGACACUGAUACAGACACUGAUACAGACAAACCCAUAUACACAAAUACAGACAAAGCCACACAGGCCAACACAAAUACAUUCACCCAGAUGCAUAACUCCGCACACUUACCAAUAGACACACACAAACACAUACACAACUCAUUCUCUCCAUCUCUGUCUUGUUCCACAGCCUUCAGGAUUGUCGGGUUCUGCGGCUCCACCAUCUCUGAUCCGGGGAUCCAUCACAGCCAGUAAAGGCUCCCAGCAGGUCAGUCACCUGUCUCACACAAACAAGCUUUAAUUCACAAACAAGUUUAUCAUGUUAACCAUGUUUCUGUUUAUUGCAUCAUUUCAUUUCAUCCCAAGGUGGUGUCAGGUAGGAGUUUGGGCACAGUCAUUCCUCCUCCUCUGGUGAGGGGUGGGCAGCAGAUCUCCUCCAAACAUGGCUCCCACAACUCCCAGAUCAUCAUGCCACCCCUGGUCAGAGGGGCACUGGUAAGACAGGCCACAAUCUACCUGCCAAACUGGUCAUCAGCUGAUAUCAAUACUCAAACUGACUGAGUUUUGUGUCUUAGACUAUGCUCACCUGUUUUCUUUUCUCUCUCUCUCUGUCUCUGUGUCCCAUUCCCCUCCCUAUCUCUCCACCCUCCUCCACAUAUUACUGCUUUGUCCCUAUAAUUGUUCUGUGCUCUGUUGACUGUCCCUUGUCCUUUCCUAUAUGUCCUCUGUCUGACCUAUGUUGGCCCCCUCUAUCCCUGCCCUGCCCUCUUCUCCUCCUCUGUCCACUCUCUCCCCUGUCCCCCAUGUGUGUCCCGGGUAGCCAAUCGCUGUGUCUCCCCAGCAGAUCCAGUCUCUCCGGCAGCAGCAGCAACAGCAGCUGUCAGGGUCUGUCUCAGGGGGCUCUGGCCCCCCUCCUCUGCUGCUGGCCCCCAGGGCCAACGUACCCGGCUCUCAGGCCCAGAGAGGCCUCAUGCAGUCAGGCCUCAUCAGGGUGGGCAACGUCAACAACGCCAGCCUGCUGGUCAACAUCUCACAGGUGGGUCAGAGGUUUAUCAUUUCUGGGUAACAAUUAAGUCACUUACUGCAAUAGUUUUCCAUUAAAAUGGUCAAAAAUAAACAACAACUAUUUCUCAAGGAAUAAUUUAGCUAUGACUGUCUGGGAUUGGUCUGAGAGGUGAGAGGGAGAGCACCAAAGCGUUGCAAGAACCACAGUGUGGACAAAGAUUAUAGAACUAACCUAAGAUAGUUCAUCUGUGUCUUUUCCAAUGGGAGCAAAUGAAGCACAGUGGGCAGAACAAGCAAGGAGUUGGGCAGAGCCAAGCACGAACUAGCUCGAUCCUAUUGGUGUGUCUUAGCAUUUAAUUGCAUAUUUCCGUUAGGGAACGUCAACUCUUUGCGUGCAAGAACUCAAUUUGGCCUUGCGCUCCUUCUAAACAAUGCAAUAAAAAUUUUUGUAAAACAAAUAUUCUACUUUUGGGAACAGGAAACUGUAUUGAGAUCGGAUUUUUCAUCGAUGAGAAAAUCAGCAGAAUGUCGGCCCAUCUAGCUCCAUCUCCUCCCUCUGCCCGCCAAUGGACUUCCUCUCAUCACCAUAUUUGGUGGUGAGUGGAAGUUCUAAAUGGAUGCUUCAGAUUUAUACCCCCUGUGAAGUAUCUGGGUUUCCUCUUUUUAUCUGUGGUGUGGAUCAAUCCACCAGUACGUAGGGGCCUAAUGGGAGGGAUAUGUAACCUGAAAUUAGCUGUUAUGCGCUAUGCAAAUAACACGGCAGGUAGCCUUAUAGUUAGAGAAUUCUGUAGGCUUUUUGAAUGGACUUCAAUGGGCAAAAACGUAUCACAAUGGUUUUCAGCGCAAAAACUUAAUGAAAUGCAUCUAGCAGAAGUAAAUUCAUCCACAAACACAAAUAUAAUUUUUUAUAAAUCUUAUAUGACCGCAUUUUCAUGAAUUUGAUGAUAUAAUCGUCAAGCCCAUUCAAAAGACCAGGGACAUUCUUGAGGGAAACCUGUUUCAGUCUUGUGGUCCUCUGUAGCUCAAUUGGUAGAGCAUAGCACUUGUAACGCCAGGGUAGUGGGUUCGAUCCCCGGGACCACCCAUAUGUAAAAAUGUAUGCGCACAUGACUGUAAGUCGCUUUGGAUAAAAGCGUCUGCUAAAUGGUUUAUUAUUAUUAUUAUUAUUAUUAUUACAUGAAUGCGGAAGUAUGACGUAGGAACGCGUCACUUGCACAGGGUAUUGGCAGGUUUGGAACUCUCUUUGUGAUUGGUCUAUUAACUUAUGGCAGUGGCUGCGAAUAGGAGUUUUCGACUCCGCCCCUCCGGAAACCUCUUUCUCAAAGCUAAGGAUCCAGAUCACGUUCGGCACACAAAAACAAUCAGCGUUUUGUGAUGUAGGAUAAUCUUUAUACAGUGCCUUGCAAAAGUAUUCAUCCCCCUUGGCGUUUUUCCUAUUUUGUUGCAAUACAACCUGUAAUUUAAAUAGAUUUUUAUUUGGAUUUCAUGUAAUGGACAUACACAAAAUAGUCAAAAUUGGUGAAGUGAAAUGAAAAAAAUAACUUGUUUCAAAAAAUCUAAAAAAUAAGUAACGGAAAAGUGGUGCGUGCAUAUGUAUUCACCCCCUUUGCUAUGAAGCCCCUAAAUAAGAUCUGGUGCAACCAAUUACCUUCAGAAGUCACAUAAUUAGUUAAAUAAAGUCCACCUGUGUGCAGUCUAAGUGUCACAUGAUCUGUCACAUGAUCUCAGUAUAUAUACACCUGUUCUGAAAGGCCCCAGAGUCUGCAACACCACUAAGCAAGGGGCACCACCAAGCAAGUGGCACCAUGAAGACCAAGGAGCUCUCCAAACAGGUCAGAGACAAAGUUGUGGAGAAUCAGGGUUGGGUUAUAAAAAAAUAUCUGAAACUUUGAACAUCCCACGGAGCACCAUUAUAUCCAUUAUUUAAAAAUGGAAAGAAUAUGGCUCCACAACAAACCUGCCAAGAGAGGGCCGCCCACUAAAACUCACGGACCAAGCAAGGAGGGCAUUAAUCAGAGGCAACAAAGAGACCAAAGAUAACCCUGAAGGAGCUGCAAAGCUCCACUGCGGAGAUUGGAGUAUCUUUCCAUAGGACCACUUUAAGCCGUACACUCCACAGAGCUGGGCUUUAUGGAAGAGUGCCCAGAAAAAAGACAUUGCUUAAAGAAAAAAAAAAGGAAACACGUUUGGUGUUCACCAAAAGGCAUGUGGGAGACUCACCAAACAUAUGGAAGAAGGUACUCUGAUCAGAUGAGACUAAAAUUGAGCUUUUUGGCCAUCAAGGAAAACGCUAUGUCUGGCGCAAACCCAUCACCCCGAGAACACCAUCCCCACAGUGAAGCAUGGUGGUGGCAGCAGCAUCAUGCUGUGGGGAUGUUUUUCAUCGGCAGGGACUGGGAAACUGGUCAGAAUUGAAGGAAUGAUGGAUGGCGCUAAAUACAGGGAAAUUCUUGAGGGAAACCUGUUUCAGUCUUCCAGAGAUUUGAGGUUCACCUUUCAGCAGGACAAUGACCCUAAGCAUACUGCUAAAGCAACACUUGAAUGGUUUAAGGGGAAACAUUUAAAUGUCUUGGAAUGGCCUAGUCAAAGCCCAGACCUCAAUCCAAUUGAGAAUCUGUGGUAUGACUUAAAGAUUGCUGUACACCAGCGGAACCCAUCCAACUUGAAAGAGCUGGAGCAGUUUUGCCUUGAAGAAUGGGCAAAAAUCCCAGUGGCUAGAUCUGCCAAGCUUAUAGAGACAUACCCCAAGAGACUUGCAGCUGUAAUUGCUGCAAAAGGUGGCUCUACAAAGUAUUGACUUUGGGGGGGUGAAUAGUUAUGCACGCUCAAGUUUUCUGUUUUUUUUGUCUUAUUUCUUGUUUGUUUCACAAUAAAAAAUAUGUUGCAUCUUCAAAGUGGUAGGCAUGUUGUGUAAAUCAAAUGAUACAAAAUCAAUUUUAAUUCCAGGUUGUGAGGCAACAAAAUAGGAAAAAUGCCAAGGGGGGUGAAUACUUUCGCAAGCCACUAGAUGCUGCCAUAUUGUAGCCAUCAGCCAGAGUUCCUGAAAAAAUAACACUACUACUUUGACUGCCUGUUUAUGUCUUGCUUGUGUUGGAUAUGCUUGCCUAAAUAACUGCAUGUAACUCAGCAGCUAAGAAGAACAUGGAAUCGCUAGACCUCCUGUGUGUUGUGCUUAUUUUUGCAACACUGUUACAACAGGCAACAAAGUUUGUACGAACAUGUCAAUCCUCCCGAGUGGCGCAGUGGUCUAAGGCACUGCAUUGCAGUGCUAGCUGUGCCACUAGAGAUCCUGGUUCGAAUCCAGGCUCUGUCGUAGCCGGCCGCGACCGGGAGACCCCAUGGGGCGGCGCACAAUUGGCCCAGCGUCAUCCAGGGUAGGGGAGGGAAUGGCUGGCAGGGAUGUAGCUCAGUUGGUAGAGCAUGGCGUUUGCAACGCCAGGGUUGUGGAUUCGAUUCCCACAGGGGGUAUGAAAAAUAAAAAAAAUAAUAUAUGCACUCAAAACUGUAAGUCGCUCUGGAUAAGAGCGUCUGCAAAAAAAAUAAAAAAUUCAUGUCUUUUGUGUACAACAUGUAAAUAGCUGCAUUUAGCCUAAACUCCCCUCCUGAAAAAAUAAUUGAUUAUUUAAUGUUCUCGAUGGUCACAGCUUUGUAGAACCAAAACAAACACAUGCCUCUACUCGGCACUUAAACUCAAACUAUUCGUUUGGGUGGCUGCUGCAGUUUGCAUAUUGUGCUAAUCUCUCUCUCGCAGCAGUCAAGCCGAGAGCAUUCCGCCAAGAGUCGUUCACAAUCUAGUCCGGUUGCGGCCGCCAUUAGACAUCUUUCCAAAGCUAUCAAUAAAUAAUCUUAUUUGUAUUCUUAGCAAUCACAAAUGUACAAAUGUAUGGUGUCAACAUAUUGCACGCAAUAACUUUUUGCAUGCAUACUUUUAGCAAUUUCUAAUUAGCCAGCUAGCUAGCUAGUAUGGAUUGGAGUUUAGUCCAUUAGCUAGCAAACAACUCAAGACUGUUGCAUCUUUUCUGGCCUUCCCUCUACAGUGUGCAUACGAACUGGAGCCAGCUAAGUAGCUAGCGCUUUUGCAUAAUCUCUAGCUUCAGGCAUGUGCAGACAGUAGAGAUGAGGUUCUCCCCUCGAGGCUAGAGAAUCAUAGUGGUGCAAUUGUGACUUGCAGAUUUGAUUCAAUCAAUCCAAUUGCAUUCACACAUUGGGUUUAUUGAAUCACUCAAGCUUAGCUUCCUCUAGAUCCAGGGCUGCCCAACCCUCUUCCUGGAGAUCUACCGUCCUGUGGGUUUUCAGUCCAACCCUAAUUUAACACAUCUGAUUCUACUUAUUAGCUGCUCAACAAGACCUUAACUAGCUGAAUCAGAUAUGAUCAAUUAGGGUUGGACUGAAAACCUAUAGGACAGUAGCUCUCCAGGAAGAGGGUUAGGCAGCCCUGAUCUAGAGGAUAGACCUGAAUUUGCAACAGUUUUGAUUAAUCUGAUCUGACAUGCAGUAUUUUCUUGACUUCAAACCUCACUUGGACACCUUCUUUCCACACUUGUCUCCUCUAUUUCACUAUUCCUUCCCUCCUACCCCCUUCUUUCUCCCUCAUCCCACUCUCUCCCAGGCCUCCACAACCAACAUGAAGGGUUCUUCUAUCACCUCCCAGUCUGGAAACAGCAGUGUGUCUGUGGUCAACGUGAACGACUCUCCUGCCGCCCGUCAGGCUGCGGCUAAGCUCGCCCUGCGUAAACAGCUGGAGAAGACCCUUCUGGAGAUCCCUCCUCCCAAACCUCUCGCCCCAGAGCUCAACUUCCUGCCCUCGGCGGCCAACAACGAGUUCAUCUACCUGGUGGGUCUGGAGGACGUGGUGCAGAACCUGCUGGACUCCAUGAUGAGAGGUACAAGACCUAUUACACUGGUAUUAACUCUACAUUACCCAAUACCAUGGUUUCCCAACCCUCUCCUCUGGUCCCCCCCAGACGUUUCACAGUUUAUUUUUAACCCUAAUCUGGCACACCUGAUUUAUAUUAGUCAACUAAUCAUCAAGCCUUUGACUAAAUUGAAAUGGGUGUGCCAAUUUUUAGCGUUAAAACAAAAAUGUGAAACAUCUGGGGGGGCCCCGAGGAGAGGGUUAGGAAACCCUGGUAUAGGGUGAUAUAGAGUUAAUACCAGCGUUAAAGGGUGUCCGAGGUGCAAACACACUACACUGUUAUAAACAAGCACACUACACUGUUAUAAACAAGCACACUACACUGUUAUAAACAAGCACACUACACUGUUAUAAACAAGCACACUACACUGUUAUAAACAAGCACACUACACUGUUAUAAACACUGUAUAUCACUACUAAACCAUCACCAGCGGUACAAAAUAUUUUGCUGGUAUGAACACUGUUACAUUACAGCAUUCCAUCAGCAAAGUUACAUAAACACGUAUUUUACACUUACAGACACUUCAUUACACAGUAAUAUCACCUCACAGAGGGCAUACCCUAACAUCACAAUACUGCUCAGAUGGGUUUCCUCCAGCAGUAUUUGAUCAUUAGGCUUUAUAUUGAAACCAGUGUUCUUCUGUUCUCUGUCUAAUCCCACUCAUCCUGUCUGUCCUCCCCAGCUAAAACAGGUAUGCCCCCGGACAAGCCUGCCAUCAAAGAGCCCUUCACCUGCAUCCAGUGCAGCACCGACUUUACCUGCCGCUGGAGACAGGACAAGGCCAAGGGUGGGACCAUCCUCUGUGCUGACUGCAUGUCCUCCAAUCAGAAGAAAGCCCUGAAGGCUGAGCACACCAAUAGGCUGAAGGCUGCGUUCGUCAAGGCCCUGCAGCAGGAGCAGGAGAUAGAGCAGCGGAUCCUCCAGCAGGCCGCCUCCCCUGUCUCUCACACCCCCUCCUCCUCUUCCUCCUCCUCAUCCUCUUCUCCAUCGGUGAUGUCCCAGCAGCUGAAGCAGGUUCAGGCCCAGGCCAGGGCCUCGUCUCUGCAGCACCAGCACCUUCACCAUCACCAGCAGCAGAACAGAGGACAUAGCAUCGCACGCCACCACUCCAACAUAAAACAGGUAGGGGUGUCACACUUCUCAACAGUUCCCUGAAACUGUCAUAUCACCACCAGAGCCACUCCAUCAAUUAGAUACAGACGGUUAUAAGAUGAUCGUACAUACAUACAGUAUGGUUCCCUUGGCUUGUGUGGUCUGUUCUUGUCACUCAAUAUUCUAUAUCUUCUUUCUCCCUCUCCCCAGAGCCCUCAGGGCCAGGUCUCCCGUGGCGGUGUCCCGUCGGUGGGGGCGAGGGGCGUGUCCCACUCCUUCUCCUCCUCCUCCUCUCAGCUGCAGAGCGCCGUGGCUGCUGCGGCCUUGGUCAGCCGGCCAGGUAAGCAUGCCCCUGUGCGCCCCGCUGCCCAGGGUUCUAAGGGCAGCUCCAGUGGGAACAGCAGCAGAGCCCAAGCCACUGCAUGGAGGAAGCAGAACAACAUCAACACAGGUAGACUCUAAUACCGACCGGGCCCCCAACCAACCAACCCACCACACCACACUGCCCCCCAGCCUCUACCUCUACACACUCAACUUUGUGCUUCCCUUUGGGUGUUUGCUGAUCUGAGGGAAACGGAUAGGUGUAAGCAAAAUGGCCGAAGCUCGUCUAAACCUACUGGAGCUUCCUAGGUGGAGUCAUCACCAUAAUGUUUACACCUAAGCCAAGGGGAUAGGGAUUGUUUUUGGACUAGGCAUCUCACUUCUCUGUGGGAGAAUCUCAAUAGGGGGAGGUGAGGAGAGCUAGUCAUGGAGUCCAAGGAGAACCCCAGCCACCAGAAGGACUGAAGCAGUAAGGAGACAGAGCAUUGAGGGGUAUAGAGGGAGAAUCUCAAUUGCAUACUCCUUGCAUCCUCUCUCCUCGCCUCCUCAAAACCCAUUGGAGGAGAAGGUCAGAGGGGAGGUACCUCUGGCUUUCUCAUCCAAUGGGUUUUGAGAAGGAGGCGAGAAGAGAGGAUGCAAGGAGUAUGCAAUUGAGAUUCUCCCUCUAUACCCCUCAAUGCUCUGUCUCCUUACUGCUUCAGUCCUUCUGGUGGCUGGGGUUCUCCUUGGACUCCAUGACUAGCUCUCCUCACCUCCCCCUAGAGUAGAGUUAGUCCAUGUUUUCCCUGCUUUGAGAUGAAUGUUAUUUACGCGUGAGUGUGGUUUUGUGCGCCUGUGUGUGUCAUUAUGCUCAGUGUACUCUCCUGGUCAGAGACUGACCUCUCCCCUCUCUCUCUGCAGGUGUGACCAUGGCCUACGUGAACCCCAGUCUGCCAGUCCAUAAGACCUCGUCCACAGUGGACGCCCGUCAGAGAGAGUACCUCCUGGACAUGAUCCCCUCGCGCCCCAUCUCCCAGACAGCUAACACAUGGAAAUAAUCAUCUCAUUCAUUACCAUUAUCAAUAACCAUUAGCUACUGUUGUCAAUGCCAACAAUACAGCCCCUCCCCCCCGUGAGGACAGUUAUGGAAACGCGCAGCCUCCAAACCUUUGAGGAGAAGCAUUCUCAAGAAAAAAAUGUGCUAGUGUUUUUGUUUCUCUUAUGUUGUCUUUCAAGUCUAUUGUUUCUCAUGAGGCUCACCGAUGUUUGAUCAGUGUGCAUAAACAGCAAUUUACACCGGAGCAAAAAAAGAACUGCGUAAAGGGCUUCCUUCCAUAUGUUCGUCAGCCAUGAUGUCUGUGAGUUUAUGAUGGCUUGAGAAUGUUGCUUUUCUCUCAAGAACAUAAGUUGGCGUUCUGCCGACCAUGGAAACGAUGGACAGCUCUUUACCUAUUGGACAGAACUAGGAGCCGCUUGGCCCUCUGUCAUCUUAGACUCAGCGAAUGGGAUGCAGACAAACUGUUGGGGUGUGGUCAAGGUGAAAUUACUUGGAACUGUUUACUUCAUAUUCAAGAGUACCCUAAAAAAGAUAUAAGACAAAAAAUAUGAUCUCCAAUAAACAUUCUCUUUAAGUUAAAAGAAACUGAGCAGUGAUGUUUUCAGUGCAUAACCUCAGUAACAGUUGAUUUGGAAUUUGUUUGUAUUUACAGUAAGUUAUUGGUUAUUUUGGGGGACUGAUGUAUACAUGAAAAAUUCCUGUCAUGAUGUUGUGGUUUUAACAACUGAACAAUUUAUUCUAGCCUCAUACAUUUUUUUUUUGUGU